CAAGACUACAGCUUGUAAACAAAAUAUUAUUUUAAUGCAAAUAAUUUUAAAAUAUGAAAUUAGAAAUAUUCUUGGCUUAUUAAUUUUACUUCAACCUAAUAGGAAUAUUCAGAAAUGAUCCUUUUGGAGGAAUUAAACAAAUUACAUUUAGAUUGUCUAAACGAUGAAUGGGUUCAGUCUGUCUGCGACUCAGAAUUUUUCGAAUUUGGUGAAUUACCAUCGGAAUAUGAAAAUGCUACUGAAUCUCAUGAAAUUCGAUCGGUGUUUCGGAGUAUUAUGUCGGCUUUCGACGAUUGGAUGUGUGCUACAGAGAAUGGAACUGAUAGCACAUCAUGGGCGACUUUGUCACAUCAAGUGAAACAUCAACAUUUAUUGGCUCUCUUAGGAUAUUACAUUGACUAUGGCAACAAAAAUAUCCUUACAACUGAAUGUAGAAAUAAUGCAUUAUGGGCUUCCAGGCUAUAUUAUAAACUUUUAUCUGUUCCUGGACAUAAAGCAUAUCACAUAUAUCAUUCACAGCUUUUUGCUCAUUCUCUUGCUUGCUUAAGCUAUCCAAAGACGGUUUGUGAAAAUGAAGACAAUUUUUUUAACACAAAACAAUUGGUGAGAGAAGUGAAUUCCAUUUUAAAAGAAUUAAGUGAAUUUGUUUAUGAUUUGAAGCAUGUCAUAGAAAAACUCCAACUUAGCCCUCAUGAUAUGAAUUUUGAAGAUAUUCUCAGUAAUUUAGUUGACAUUACUGGUGGAGCUAUUGUUAACAAAUUGAAUAUUGAUAAAAUAGAACUCAAUAAUCUAUCUCGAGUUGUAUAUGAAGUUAUAGACUUUCUAUUAAACAACUCAAAUGGAGAACCAAGCUCACUCGCAAUUAAAUUGCUUUUUAAAUCUAUACUACAAAAGUUAGUUGCUGCAUCUUUGGAUUAUAAACAGGCACAUAAUAUAGUAAGAGCAUCAUAUGUUACAUAUUCUGGUCUCAUCUUAAGUAAAUAUGGUAAAAUAGCACUCUCAAGCUAUGUUGUGCUUUUGCAGCAUCUAGCUUAUUCUUUGGAAGGUUUGGAAAAGGCUGAGGUGCGUCAGACUAGAAUUUCUCUUGUAGCUGGUCUAAUGAGUCUUUUACCCAAAAGAUCAUAUUGUAAUAUCGUAAAAUGGUUACUUAAAUUAAGUGCAACAUCUAAAAUACUUCACCGCCAAAUUGCUAUGGAAAUUCUAGCACAGUUGGUACCAAAUGAUCCUGAAGAAUCUACGGAUUCUGGAAAUGAAAGUAGAAAAACAUCAACAGAAGAUAAUACUGAAGCAAUUGACAUAAAUAGUGAACAACAAAGUGUCGAUAGUGAAAAAGAAAAUGACAACCAAUUAAAAGUGGCCAUAGAGGAUGAUAGUAGUCAGUCACAAUCAUCAUCACAAGAAAAUCAAGAACUGGAAGCAAUGGACGAAGAUAUAUCGGGUUUAUUGAACCAACGUCGCCAUUGCGUACCACACGCAGACAUUGUGCGUGCCAUAUUCGAGCGAGUUAACGACGUAUCGAGCACUCUGCGAUCGCGUGCUUUAGUGCUACUCACUGAUUUUCUUGACUCCCACCAUACUCCUGUUAAUGAAGCUAUGAAAGAAUUAAGUGGAGAUGGCGAACAAUGCCGUAUUGCGGAAGUGGGUGCGCGCUGCGCAGCGGACGAACGAGCCGUAGUGCGCAAGGCGGCGGUCGCACUGUUGCACCGUCUGCUCGUUCGUAACGAACACCCUUCACACUAUGCGACUUUAAUAUCGCUAUGUCGUGAUGCAAGUAUAAUCGUGCGUGGCGCGGCGGUUAAUGCUCUCGCUGACGUAGCUCUAAACAGUCCAUCUGAGUUAUCAUUGAAUGCAUUUCUGGCUGGACCAUUUCACCAACUUUCAGAUCCGGAGGCUAAGAUACAAGAGCAAGUAAUAAACAUCGUACAAUCAGUACUUAUUACGCCGAUGCAAAAAUUUGAGCCGAACGUAUCAGUGGAUUCCUUGCCGUGGCUGUUCCUAGCGGGCAUCACACGAUUGAACAUGAGGAAACAUUUGCAGAAAGCCUGCACGCUGCUUGUCAAAUCGGCAAACUGUAUUAAUCACCGUCUCGUAGACAUAGUGAGUACGCACUUGGGCGCUUUGAACGACGCUCGCGAUCUACAGAGUCUCGUUCUGCUUACAAGUGUGGCCAGACACGUCGAGUACACUGAGGUGUCCUUUUUGCUGGAAUAUUAUUACAAAUUAGCAGACGAUGCUCAGGUGCGAGAUAAUCGUUUGAUGCCUCUAACAUUAGAGCUAAUAUCACUUUGGUCGCGUUACGCCAGCGACUUGGAGAGACAAACCUUACGAGAGCAUCUUAUAUCACGUCUCGCAUCGGCAUUAGACAAUGAUUGUAGACCAGCGAGUGCCUCUUUGGCCGCCAAUUUAGACCCUACGAACCUGCAGUGGGCUACUGACUUGAUGAAAUUAUCUGAACGUCGUGCAUUGUCCGAUGGUGGAUGUGACGUGGCAGAGUGGGUUCGAGCGGCUGACCUCUCGUUGGUGGCUCCGGAUCCACCUUCCCCACAACUAUUAGAUCUCUUUCUGAAUGCACUGCAACAUCCACCACCUGAGUGGGACGAGGGGCGGCGCGGCGCGUGCGUGGCGGGCGUGGGGCGGAUAUGCGUGCGGUCGCGCGCGGCGGCCGGCGCGGCGGCGCCGCAGCUGGCGCGGCUGCUGCGCGACGGCGCCGCGCCGCUGUGCGCGCGCCUCAACGCGCUGCUCGCGCUCACCGAUGUGUGCACUAGAUACACCUGCAUAGUGGACCCGUUGUUAGAGUCGCUGUGCGGUUGCCUGGCGCCCGAGGCGCCCGCUGCGCUGCGGCGCGCGGCCGCUAGGGCACUCACUAAAUUACUGCUGGCUGGAUAUCUACGGUUAAGGACUCCGCUGUACUAUCGAUAUUGUGCUCUGCUCGCUGACGAAGAUCUCGAAGUCCGUGAGCCGGCUGAGUACUUCGUGACUAGCUGUCUCACAGUGGAAGUUAUUUACCACCAUUUUGUGGACUGUGUGCUUUAUUUCAAUAAGGAAGAUGGAGAGAAGAUGUCGUUCGACGCGCGGCAGCUGAUCUACGACGUGAUGCUGCAGCGCAUGUCGGCGGUGCAGCGGCUGAACGUGCAGUGCCGGCUGGCGCGCGAGGUGCUGCAGCACGCGGCCGACGUGGCGGACGAGCGCGCCCACGAGCAGGACUUGCCGCACCACCUCAGCGCCGCGCUGCUCGACACCAUCACGCUGCUGUGCGGCCCGCGCAUGAAGCUGCCCACAAAAAGGGAUGGUAUUCAUCCGGAGAAAACAGAGAAGGCCGGUGAUGCCGACAUUGAAGAUCUGCAGGAGAGAGUCACAACUAAUAUUGUAUCACAUAAAAUGAAGCGCACAGUGGCGGAGGUGCUGGUGCCGGCGGUGAUGCGGCUGUACGCGCGCCUGCGCUCGCGCGGCGGACAGCUCGCCGCCUACAUCGUGCGCAUCGCCACCGACCUGCACAACGACUACCGCCAGGAGAUCGAGGAGCUGAUCCAGGACGACGAGGAGCUGGUGGAGCGCGUGCGUCACUUCCAGGAGACGAUCGGGCUGGAGCCGAGCGCCGGCAACGCGCGCAACCUCGUCACGGCGUCCGCGCCGCCCGACCCCGACACGCCGCGCGCGCGCAAGCGCCCGCCGCGCGCCGCCCGCCACUACGCGCACUCGCCGAGGAAACGCGCCUUGAAAAUAUAAGCAGCGCUCCCAUAUUCGCUGAGGAAUUGUGCGCUCAAUACAUAUAUUGAUACUGUUGCUAAGCCAAAUGGUUAAAAUUUUCAGUAAUAUAAUACCUUGCAGUUUCUAAUAUCCCGCCAUGAUGUAGCACUCAUACUAAUGUAACACACGGUAUAUGCUGACAAACAAUGAAUUAUUCAAUGCUGGCAUCAGCAAACAUUUUAAAAACUAUUGUAUUAGAAAUAAGAAAAAAUUAAGGAAAUUAAAUGUUAUACAUUCCGUUUAACGG